CAGCCGCAUCCGGUGGGGAAAGGCAGGGCCCAGCCGCUGAAGCAGGGCGGUAGCCGCGAGGGGAGAACGAGCCAGCGAGCGGGCGCGGAGGAGCCGGGGUUGGGCCGCGCCACUGUCUGUCCGCGGGCGGCCGGGAUGGAUCACCACCAGCCCGCCAGCCGCUACCAAGUGCUUCACAAUGAAGAUGAUCCUCCAGAGUCAACUGUUGAGGAGCCAUCCACUUCUACAGAGACUGCACAAAAUUCUCAACCAGCAGCUUUAUCUGAAGCAGAUGUUUCUCCUCCACCUUAUUGUAGUAUUGCUGUAGAAGCAGCUGCAACCUCAGAAACAGAAACACACAAUGAAUUUUACCCUGUACCACCUCCAUAUAGUGUAGCUACCUCUCUUCCUACUUACGAUGAAGCGGAGAAAGCCAAAGCUGCAGCAAUGGCAGCUGCUGCAGCAGAAGCUGCCCAAAGAGAAGAAGAAUAUCCACCUCGGGAUGACUUCAGUGAUGCAGAUCAACUUAGAGUUGGCAAUGAUGGCAUCUUCAUGUUGGCAUUUUUCAUGGCAUUUAUUUUCAACUGGAUUGGAUUUUGUUUAUCCUUCUGUAUAACUAACACCAUAGCAGGAAGGUAUGGUGCAAUCUGUGGAUUUGGCCUAUCGCUGAUCAAAUGGAUUCUCAUUGUACGGUUCUCAGACUACUUUACUGGAUAUUUCAAUGGACAGUACUGGCUUUGGUGGAUAUUUCUUGUACUUGGUCUCCUCCUGUUCUUCCGAGGGUUUGUCAAUUACCUUAAAGUCAGAAACAUGUCUGAAAGCAUGGCAGCUGCUCAUAGAACAAGAUUUUUCUUCUUGUAUUAGAGACUGCAUCAACCAGACAUUCCUUUCCUUUACCAAUGUGAAAUUUCCAGAUGAUCGGUAGCCCUCCAAGUUAAUAGGAUAGAAGACUACUAAAAACAGAAGACAAAUUUGUGAAGAAAAGAUACAGCUUCUAAAAUGAAUGACAGGGUGGUUUUUGCUUAAGUGCCAGUUCUGUUCAUUCUAGUUAAUAUUUAUAUUAAGUAUUGCCUUUGUUUUUGCACAUUAGCAUAUGUGCUAACUAAAGGAUAGGAUUGAAAUGAGAACAAACCAUACAUACAGUCUGAUGAUAGAGCUUAAGUACAGUCAGACUUGGUUAAUCUGUGCUUGUUGUUUGUGAAAGAUUUAAGUGGCGGUUCGUCUCCUAGCAUGUAUGUACCAUUGUCUUGUUGAUCUGAAGUUAAAUUGAGAGUAAAAAUGGGAUAUACUAAAUGAUUCAGAUUAACCAUGUCAGACUUGUAGUUAGUUUUUUAUGUAAUUUAGGUUCAUCUAAUGAUUGUGCAACAUACAACCUUUUUGUUAUAAAGUUUACUAAAACCUGCAGCUCCUGAUUAUUAUAAACCUGUAUCGAUCAGCUUUUAUCAAACUCUGACCAAAAUAUCAAUUGAUUUAAAAAUGAAAUACCCCUUCUAGCUCCUGUGUAAAUAACUAUGCAUAGAUUACUGUUUAGAUUGCUUCUUAGGAAUUAUGUCAAAAUAUAUUUGUAACCACAGUAUUUUCUCAUUCACUGUAAAUUUUGUUUAAUCUUAAUAUGGACGAUAUAUAUACACACACUAUUUUUUGCUAAUUUGGAUGUUAAAGUAUAAUUUUAUUUUGGGUAUAAUUCUAAAAGAGGGCAAAAACUUUUAAAUGUCCAUCUGAACAAUUUAGUUUCCUCACAGUAUGAUUUGAAUAACUAAUUUGGGCCUGAUCCUGAAAACCCUUACUCACAUGGAAAGUCCCAUUAAAAGGGAUGGUGCUACUUUCACAAGCAAGCAUUGGGCCAUCAGGCCCUGAUCCUGCAAUUGGAUCCGUGUAUUGGGCCUCUGCUUCUGCAUAGGUGCAAUUGCAGAUCAGUUCCUUGGUUUGUAACAUUGAUCAUCUUACUUAAGAAGGUUUGUGUUAUAUAAACGCAAUCUGUUUUAUUUAAAUUUCUCAAAAGGGCUUUUAUAGCUAUCUUAUCAUGCUUGUUUAGAAUAAAUACUCCAGUGUUACAUAAGAAUGAA